GAUCAAUCGAGUCCCCUCCAUGGAAACCUUUGACGGCACGUGUCUCCUUAACGUGCUUCCCUUCCUUUUCCCCACCUGACCCUCUCAGCCUCUCAUCUCUCGCCGCGUGGCAUCCUCACUCUCUGGUCAGACUAUCCCUGACCGGCGCUGGCGAUCGUUGCUGCUCUUCCUCCACAGCAACGUACUGCUCCCUCCCGCUCCAUAGCGACCGCCGACCAGCUCCUGUUCCUUCCUGCUCCACCGCCACCAGCUACUGCUCCAGGCCCACCGCGACCAGCUCCUUUUCCAGCCCCCCGCUCCUUCUCGACCAUCUGUUGCCCCAACCUUCGAAUUCCUCCCUGACAGCUCAAGCUGCUGCUACUCCAAAGAUAGUCGAGAAAUUGCCCCCAAUUUCCUGAAUUACACCAGAAUCCCUAGACAGAAGUGAAGACAUGGAGGAGGAGAUCGAAAGGCAAUACCGAGACCUUUUGUUUGAGCAUGAACUGGAAGCCGAGAGAUUACUUUUAGCUAAGGCACAGCAACAUGAAAUCGGUAUAUUAAAGGAAGGAAACCGGCAAGCUCAAAGCGCAUUAAGAAGACGGGCAAGGACAACAAAAACUAGUGUUCUAUCUCCUUUUGAGUCGAUGAUGAAGGAUAUCGGUGAGCCGGGGUCUAGGCCUUUGGUGCAGGAGGUGUGCAGGACGUGUGGGAAUCAUGACGCAAAUGAGCACACUUGGAUGAUGUUCCCAGGAACAGAUCUCUUUGCAAGGAUCCCAUUUCAUGCUGCUCACAAAAUCUUGGAAGAAGAUGAGCCACAUCUGGACUUUGAAUACAACAAACUACAAAGCUAUAUUAAGGAUAUGUCCUUGAGUCUCUCAGAGAAGGGUGCCCUUUCGGAUAAGAUCAGCCCAGAUGUCUUACGAUCUCUCGUGACUUUGAAGGACAAGCCAAAGGAGAAGGCUUCAAGGGAUGAUUCUCUUACGGAAAAUCUCUGGAGAAUGAAGAAUCGGGGUUCAAGCAUUCACAUCUGAUAGAAACGGCUGAUCUUUAUACUUUUUGUUGCGAUGGUUUCCAACUACUGUGAAGGAAUAUAUCAAUUGCUGGGCCUAGUUGUAUUAAGAAAUGGGAGGGUUGAAAGUAUAGAUAUUUUGUUGAGCUGUGUUCUCUAGAGAUUGGAAAUGCCAUAUCUGUUACCAAAAUUCAUUUCUGAACACAAAUUAACCGUUGAAACCACUUCUCGUACA